UCCAGUGUGUCGGCCUGUGGAGCUUCAACAACAUUUCAUACGGAGACACCAGAGCGCUGCAUGUAAACUAGAGGCAUCAAAAAGAUGAAGCACCACAUUCCUCAGGAGGUGGAGCCGUGGUCCACUGACCAGAGGGUCGCUGGUUCAAUCCCCGGCCCCUGCAGUCUACGUGUAGAAGUGUCACUCACACACUGACACAACAAUAUGAUUCUAAUCACAGCUGUAAACACACUGGAGUCUAAAUGUUAAAGUACACACAGCUGCAUAUUGAUGUCAUUCUGUUUUUAUGUCACUCAGUGUCCUUCACACCUCUCACUUCACCUAAUCCGUUCAUUCUGUACUCUUCUAGUCACAUUCACCUCAUCAGCCCAAAUGCACUCACCUGUCUACCCUACUCACUACCUUCAGUAUUUAAACCGCAGUCACUCACUGGCUGCCACAUUUGUCUCCGCAUUCAUGCCAGACCUUCCAGCACUUUCCUUUGGAUUGAUUCCCUGGUGCCGACCCUGCCUGCCCGUCUCGCUCCUGCGCCAGUAAGCCACCUUGCCUUCAGUCCCAGACCACGUCUUUUUCCACUAACUGUUUGUUUGCAAUGAGGAAAAUAAAUGACUCUUAUUGGAACCAAUAUUGUCUGUUUGUUGUACUGCAUCUGGGUCCAAACCUCACGUGUUACAUAUUAAUAGAAACAAAAUAUAAACUUUUACCAGAAAAGGAACAAAAAAACAAUAACCUGAUAAUCUGAAAUUAUUUUUUGGAGGUUGAUCAAACUUAACUCAGGCAUAAUUGAAACAUUUGGUCCUUAAAACUUUGAUUUAUUUAUAGUAAUUAUUUAUAAAGUACCCAUUUUCUGAAGUGACAAAUAUUAUAUUUUUGAUAAUAAAUGUGUUAACACAUGAGUGCUGCUACAAUAUCAGAGGCUGGACAGAAUAAUAUGAUUUCCCUAAAGACUCAAGUGGAUUCUUCCAGAACAGAAGUAGAAGUGAUGUGUCAGCUGGGUGGAGGAAACAAUCAAUAUCUACGCUAAUCAAUAUCUUCUAACCUCUUAGUGUGUUUAUUCAUGUCUCCUCCAGAUGGUCCACAGCGUCCCUCUGUGUCAGUGAGUCCCUCUGCUGAGAUGAAGGAGGGUGGUUCAGUGAAUCUGACCUGUAGCACUGAUGCUAACCCAGCAGCUAACUACACCUGGUACAAGGAGGAUGGAACUUCAGACCCUCUUCUUCUCAGUGUAGAACCUCAGCUGGUCUUCAUCUCCAUCCAGUCCUCUGACUCUGGAAGGUAUUCCUGUGCAGCUGAGAACCAGCUGGGGAGGAAGAGGUCUGACUUCAUCUCUAUCGAUGUGAAAUAUGCUCUGAAGAUUUCCUUUGUGUCGAUGAGCUCAUCUGGUGACAUCAUAAAGGGAAGUUCAGUGACUCUGAACUGUAGCACUGAUUCUAACCCAGCAGCUAACUACACCUGGUACAAGAAGAAUGGAACUUCAGACUCUCGUCUUCUCAGUGAAGGACCUCAGCUGGUCUUCAUCUCCAUCCAGUCCUCUGACUCUGGAAGGUAUUCCUGUGCAGCUGAGAACCAGCUGGGGAGGAAGACGUCUGACUUCAUCUCUAUCGAUGUGAAAUGUGAGUGA